CUCAGAUUAAUACAAUUGUAGAACCUAUUACUCUUUCCAUUCUAUUACUAUACUACUCUUAUCUUCCAGCAUCAGACUCCAUCAGGAUUGGCUUCAAUAUUCACCACAGAGCAAUUUUCGUUUAUUAAACAAAAAAUAUUCGUAGAUCUUCACACCUUUUUUAUUUGUUUUGGUUCAUAUAAAUGUGCGGCGUGCAAAUUUAGAUACCAUCAUACUUUACAUAUUCAGAUACACUUCAUAUAAAUUUAGGGUUGAGAAGCGUCACAGCUCUGAUGGAGAUCCUUCAGGUUAAGAAGCGUGGUCAAUCCGACUCACAACAGCUAACGGUGCCCUUCGUUCCCGACGAACUUAUCGCAGAAAUCCUAUCCUUUCUUAACGUGAAAACCAUCAUGCAAUUAAAAUGUGUGAGCAAGUCAUGGAACUCUCUCAUCAAUGAUUCGACCUUCGUACAAAAACACCUCAAGAAGUCUUCACAAAAUCCACACAUCAUACUCACACCACCAACUUUGAAAUAUCCUAUCAGUAGUGUAGAGUCCUUCCCCGUGAGUCGUUUACUCGAGAAUCCUUCAAUCACUGUUUUUGGUGACAAUUUCCAUGAUUUGAAUGACACUUGUCAGGUUAUUGGUUCCUGCAAUGGAUUGUUUUGCUUGAUUUUCCAUUCUCUCCAUAGGAAGUAUACAAAAUACUGGUUUUGUUUAUGGAAUCCUGCCACGAGAACAAUAUCUGAAGAAUUAGGGACUUUCCGAUGCUACAACACUUCAUCAGAAACUUUCAAGUUCGGUUUUGGUUGUGAUAUUUCAACAGGAACUUACAAGUUGGUGGCAUAUCGGGCAGAAGAAGAUGAUGCGAACCACAGCGGUUCAUGGAGAAGUCAGGUCAGAAUUUUCAGUUUAAGUGAUAAUUGUUGGAGAAAUAUUGAGAGUUUCCCUUUGAUUCCUAUUGGAUGUAUUCAAAUCAAUCGAAAUAACAAUGGCGUGCAUUUAAGUGGCAAGAUUAAUUGGUUGGUUAUUCGCAACUAUUUUUGUGCUUCUUAUCAUUACGAAUGUAUGAAUUAUGUUGAGCAAUUUGUGAUUGUUUCCCUUGAUCUUUCGACUGAGACAUACACACAAUUUUUGCUGCCAUUUGGUUUUGAUGAAGUCCCACACUUUCAGCCAACUCUUCAUGUUCUGAUGGACUGCCUUUGCUUUUCGCACGAUUUCAAGGGAACUGAAUUUGUUAUAUGGCAAAUGAAGAAGUUUGGAGUUCAAGAGUCUUGGACUUUGUUAUUUAGAAUUGACUACUUUAAUCUUGAAAUGUAUAACCUCACAAUCAAUUAUGACACGGAUUUCGAUGCAGAAUUCAUUGAAAGUUGUACGCCGCCGUUGUUGCCACUGUACCUUUCUAAGAAUGACGAUACACUGAUAUUGGCAAAUUAUGAAGAUGACCGAGCAAUUAUCUAUAAUCUGAGAGAUAAGAGAGUAGAGAGAGUUAAAAUUUCCAGCAAACUGUGUUGGUUUUCUGCAAUGGACUAUGCUGAAAGCUUGAUUUCGACUCAUUGGAAGUCUGCAACGCCGACUCCAAGCACACUCUCUGUAGAUAGGAUUGUGGCAGGAAUUGGAGACAUCAGACAUGAUUAGAGACUGUAGUAGUGAGGAAGAGAAAGAGGAGCAGGAAGAGCCUUUGUUAAUUAUAAGACAAUUCGUGUUCGUAUGAACUAAGUAACAGUGAUUCUUAGGAUGAUGAAUGAGUUAAUUUGUUAGAUUAAGAUUAUGUAAUAUGAUCAAAGCAUAGGAACUAGGAUAUAAUAAGCUUGAGGUAUGCACAACAUGCUGCGGUUUUUCUCAAUUUGGGUUAUGAU